AUGGCCAGAACUAAUCCAACUCAGUUUACGAGACCCAAGCCAACGCCAUCGGCCUUAGCAGGGAAGGAGCAAAUCAUUGAGAUAUCAUCGAGUUCGGAGGAGGAUGAAGGUAGUGAUGCUGAUUCUCAUCGCUCCCUGACUGUCGAAGCUAGUAAAGUCCAAAGGAAGACGGGCGAGAGUGGCCAACUCCGUACCAAGACUCUCCGCACCCAAUCCUCGUUCUCACGUAAUAGUUUCUCAGACGAGCCUUUCAAAGCACCAUCGAGCCCGAACAAGGCCAGUGCACGGGCGCGUCGUGUCAUCUACAGCUCUUCAUCGGAAGAUGAGCUCCCCUCCCCUUCGAAACUCAUCCCCAAGUCUACUUCGAAGGGUAAAACUCGUGUUUCAGCUGCUGAGGUCGAUGUCAUCGAGAUCAGCUCCGACUCAGAACUCUCAGAGGAGGGAGGCGCUGAAGAACAGAUCCUCAUUGUCGGUAUUCCACCGGCUCCGCCCCCAUCUAAACCGAAACCGAAAGAAGAUAUGCCUUUGUUCUUCCCGGGUGAUGACGACGACGACGAAGAUGGUGCAAUCUUGAUUCUGAAUGAACCGAAAUCAGCGCGAAGACCUAUACCAGUGACACCUCAACAUCGUCCCACUCCAUCCACAUCCCGUAAAAUCCCCCUUCCUGGCCUUCAAACCGUCGAUCUCCCCGACUUUGGCUCCGAUGGUGGUGCUCCGAAGCGUAACACGAAGACGAAGAUACGACAAGCUGAUCCAACACCUGUCGCAUUUCCAGGGACUCCCGUGAACGGAUCCCGAACAUUCAUAUCUCAUCCUACGCCAGCCCCUCGCCCUCGAAAAACCAAGCAGUUGUCUGGAGACGGUCAGGAUGCUGGUCCAAGUAGGGGUGGCCGCCCCACCACACCACCCCGCGCUCACACCCAACCUAACCCCUUUAUUCUCGACACGCCACAAACACCACAAAGCACCGCUCGCAGAACGCCUGGCGCUCCUCGCACUACGAAGAAAUCACUUCAACAGGCCGAGCAGAAGCGUCGUGCGGAGUACGCUCAAGAUCUGUUCAACGAACUGAAUGAGGUCGUGUUUGGAGGUGGUCUGCCGAGCGAGACGAAGUUAGCUUGGAGUGCGAGGUUGCUGACGACUGCGGGGAGGGCGAAGUGGAAAAGAACGAGGACGAUGAGUGCGAUGGGAGGCGAUGAGGAUGGGGGAGGAAGAAGGGAGGUGGUCACGGAUGAUACAGAGAUUGAGUUGGCUGUGAAGAUUUUGGAUUGUGACGAGAGAAUCAGGAAUACUCUAUCGCAUGAGAUGUGCCACUUGGCAUGUUGGAUCAUCAAUGAGAACCCGAAAGAGGGUCACGGAAAGAUCUUCAAGUCUUGGGCAACGAAAAUAAUGCGCAAACGUCCAGAUAUCGAAAUAACGACGAGACACGAUUACGAUAUCACCUAUCCAUACCAGUGGGAAUGUGGAAACUGUGCUAAGAUUUAUGGACGAUUCAGUAGGUCUAUCAGGCCAGACGAAGUCGUUUGCGGCGCCUGUAAGACCGGUAAACUCGAACCUCUUUUCACGGUUCGUACCCGUGGAGGUGACCCCACAAAAACACCAAAGACGAAAGCUGGAAGCAAGCUUGCUGCAGGUAAAGCUAGAGAUUCACCGCGAUCCGUCCCCCGUAUUGGCAAAGACUCAAAGCACGGUGCUUCUGAUUCAGACGGCGAGGAGGGAACUCCUGAAGAUCCAGAUGACGUGUUCAGACGAAUUAUGGAUGGUGUUGGGGGACUGCGGUUGUGA